AUGGGUCCCCCACUGCUGAGUUGUCCAGAUGGCAGAGAAAUCCCCCUUUCUGAACAAAAAGGGAAAACGUGUCGUCUAUUUGCUGCAGUUUUUAAUAUUGUCAACUCCAUCAUAGGAUCUGGUAUAAUAGGAUUGCCUUAUUCAGUGAAGCAAGCUGGAUUUCCUCUGGGAAUAUUGCUCUUAUUCUGGGUUUCAUAUGUUACAGAUUUUUCCCUUAUUUUAUUGAUUAAAGGAGGGACCCUCUCUGGAACUGACACUUACCAAUCUUUGGUCAAUAAAACUUUUGGGCUUCCUGGGUACCUCUUCCUUUCUGUUCUGCAGUUCCUGUAUCCUUUUAUAGCUAUGAUAAGUUACAACAUAAUAGCUGGAGACAUUUUGAGCAAAGUUUUCCAAAGAAUCCCAAGUAUUGAUCCGGAAAACUUUUUUAUUGGUCGUCACUUCAUUAUUGUGCUUUCUACUGUCACCUUUAUUCUACCAUUGUCCUUGUACCGUGAUAUAGCAAAGCUGGGGAAGAUCUCACUUACUUCGACACUUUUAACAACUCUGAUUCUUGGGAUUGUAAUAGCAAAAGCAGUUUCAUUAGGCCCAUACAUACCAAAAACAGAAGAUGCCUGGGUAUUUGCAAAACCUAAUGCCAUCCAGGCAGUUGGAGUUAUGUCAUUUGCAUUUAUUUGCCAUCAUAACUGCUUCUUAGUUUAUGGCUCUUUGGAAGACCCCACUGUAGCUAAGUGGUCCAGUAUCAUUCAUGUGUCCACCGUGAUUUCCUUGUUCAUUAGUAUUAUCUUUGCUACAAGUGGAUAUUUGACCUUUACUGGCUUCACCCAAGGAGACUUAUUUGAAAAUUAUUGCAGAAAUGAUGACCUGGUAACCUUUGGAAGGUUUUGUUAUGGAGUCACUAUCAUUUUGACGUACCCAAUUGAAUGCUUUGUUACUAGAGAGGUAAUUGCUAAUGUAUUUUUCAGUGGGAAUCUUUCACUGGUUUCCCACAUCAUCAUAACAGUUGUGAUUAUUACUGUAGCUACAGUAGUAUCAUUAUUGAUUGACUGCCUCGGAGUUGUUUUAGAACUCAGUGGUGUGCUCUGCGCAACACCCCUCAUUUUUAUCAUUCCAUCAGCAUGUUAUCUGAAGCUGUCUGAAGAACCGAGGACAUACUUAGAUAAGAUUAUGUCCUGUGUCAUGCUUUCCUUUGGUGCUGUGGUAAUGUGUGCUGGAUUCAUCAUGGCUGUCACAAAUCCUCAGGACUGCACGCAUGGACAGGAAAUGUUCUAUUGCUUUCCCAACAAUGUAUCCCUCACAAACAUUUCAGAUUAUCCUUUGCAACUGACAACACAGCUUCCCGACUUCAAUAUCAGUAUCUUGAAUUGA